GCUCUGCCGCAUUAGAAAACAACCAAAUCCAAAUUUCAACGCCCGGAUGGGCGGAUGGGAUUACGCAUCUAGGGUUUCAACUUUUCAAGCCCAACCCCGCCAAAAUUCAUAACCCUAACCCUAACCCUAACCCGCAUCCUAUCUCCCUGUCUCUCGCAUACUCUUCGCCGGCGGCAUUGCCCCGCCUCUGCAUGAUUCGGAUUCAGACCCGACCCUCCGCUUUCGGAUCGGGUUCACUCCGAAUUCGAGAGCUCUGUCAACGCCAAUGUCGUCCAAGCCGUCGCUCUCCGCUUCCGCUUCCGCUUCUGGUAGCAGAUCGGAGCAUUCCAAGGAUCCUACGAUGAUUAAACUACCAGAAACAAGUCCGAUUCCCAGGGACAUUUCAUCAGUCAUUGAUUCUUUAAAAAAACAGGCUCUUGCUGACCGGUGUGUUUCCAUAAAGGAUAGAAUGGAAGAAAACAGGCAGAGUUUGGUUGGUAUCACAAAACAUCUUCAUAAAUUGUCAGAGGAAAGAAGAAACAACAGGAAUAGUGAUAUUGACAAAAGUGUAGAUCUAUUAACGAAGAGGCAAAGAGAUGCACUUGAUAUGCAAAAUGGUAAUGAUGCAAAUAAUGGGGAUAAGGCUAGCCAUUGUUCCCAAGAAGAUGGACAUGUGUCUUCAGCAGUUCUCCUAGGAUCUAGUAUUGCGGUCAAGAAUGCUGUUCGCCCUAUCAAACUUACUGAAGUGAAAAGAUUGCCUCCUUAUACCACAUGGAUUUUCUUGGACAGAAAUCAAAGAAUGACAGAGGAUCAGUCAGUAGUUGGUCGUAGGAGAAUUUAUUAUGACCAAACUGGUGGUGAAGCUUUAAUUUGCAGUGACAGUGAGGAGGAAGCUAUUGAAGAAGAAGAAGAAAAGAAAGAGUUUGCAGAUUUUGAGGAUUAUAUACUUCGAAUGACCAUCAAAGAAACUGGUUUAUCUGAUCCUGUGCUUGAGGCAUUGGGGCGGUAUCUUUCUAGAAAACCUUGCGAAGUCAAGGCAAGAUAUGAAAUUCUUAAUAAGGGAGAGAAGUCUGUGGUGGGCUCUAAGAAUGGGGUGAUCGAAGACAUUUCACAAACUUUGACUUCUUAUCUUGAUAAAGAUCUUGAUGCAGCUCUGGAUUCUUUUGAUAACCUAUUUUGUCGUCGAUGUCUUGUCUUUGAUUGUAGAUUGCAUGGAUGCUCACAGGAUCUCGUCUUUCCAGCUGAGAAACAACUUCCAUGGAAUCAUCUUGAUGAGGACAAUAUACCAUGUGGCCCACAUUGUUAUCGAUUGGCUGUGAAGUCUGAAAGCAUUGGUAUGGUGAGCUCUCCUGUGUGUGCUGAUUUUGAAGACAAAACCGCUCCUUCAUCUGAUGGUGCUGGGCCUCAUUUAUCAUCUAGAAAGAACUGUGGUCCAUCUAGUAAAAGGAGGGCAAAGUCCUGCCAAAGUGAAAGCGCUUCAUCAAAUGGAAAAAACAUAUCUGAAAGCAGUGACUCAGAGAUUAGACCGAAGCAGGACACCACCUCUACUCAUCACUCUUCAUCCCCACCCAAGACUAGACUUGUUGGAAAAUGUGCAAUUCGUAAGAGGAACAGCAAGCGAGUUGCUGAGCGUGUUCUGGUUUGCAUGCGGAAAAGGCAGAAAAUGGUGGCUUCGGAUUCUGAUUCCAUUUUGAGUGGACGGCUUUGGCCUAGAGAUAUGAAACUUAGAUCUAAUUCACGUAAAGAGAAUGAAGAUGCUAGUUCUUCUUCACUGAAAAAGGUGAAACCUUCAAUCACUGGAAGGUCUAGGAGGAAGUGUUCGCCAGUCCAGGACAGUAACAAAUUGGUUGAAGGUGAAGUUCCUGAGGGCCAAAUGAACGAGAUGAUUAAUGAUCCGCCUGCAAGUAGCAGUGAUGACACAUUGAGGAAAGAAGAAUUUGUAGAUGAAAGCAUGUGUAAACAAGAAAGAAGUGAUGAUAAAUCCUGGAAAGCAAUUGAAAAAGGCUUUUUUGAGAAAGGUGUAGAAAUUUUUGGCAGGAACAGCUGCUUAAUAGCUAGGAACCUUCUCAAUGGUAUGAAGACAUGUUUGGAGGUAUUUCAAUUUAUGAAUUGCUCUGAAAAUAAGCCAUUCUUCCGAGCUGGGGAUGGUUCCAAUUCUAUGGUUGAAGGCUAUUCUAAGGUUGACUUUAAUGAAACUAUGGGUAAUGAAGUAAGAAGAAGAUCAAGAUUUUUACGCAGGCGGGGUAGAGUUCGCCGCUUGAAGUAUACUUGGAAAUCUGCCGGUUACCAUUCAAUUAGGAAACGGAUAUCUGAGAGAAAAGAUCAGCCUUGUCGGCAGUACAACCCAUGUGGUUGCCAAUCUGCAUGUGGAAAGCAGUGUGCUUGUCUUCUAAAUGGGACAUGCUGUGAAAAAUACUGUGGAUGCCCUAAGAGUUGCAAGAAUCGAUUUAGAGGUUGCCAUUGUGCCAAAAGUCAGUGCCGAAGUCGUCAAUGUCCAUGCUUUGCGGCAGACAGGGAAUGUGAUCCAGAUGUUUGUCGGAAUUGCUGGAUCAGUUGUGGUGAUGGUACUCUUGGUGUACCAAGCCAAAGAGGUGAUAAUUAUGAAUGUAGAAAUAUGAAGCUUCUUCUCAAACAGCAACAAAGGGUUCUGCUUGGGAGGUCUGAUGUAUCUGGUUGGGGAGCGUUCUUAAAGAAUAGUGUGGGCAAACAUGAAUAUCUUGGUGAGUACACUGGAGAACUGAUUUCACACAGGGAAGCAGAUAAGCGUGGAAAGAUUUAUGACCGUGAAAAUUCUUCGUUUCUCUUUAAUCUGAAUGAUCAGUUUGUUCUUGAUGCCUAUAGAAAAGGUGACAAAUUGAAGUUUGCCAACCAUUCUCCAGAUCCUAAUUGCUAUGCAAAGGUGAUUAUGGUCGCAGGGGAUCACAGGGUUGGCAUAUUUGCCAAGGAACGGAUUAGCGCAGGAGAGGAACUCUUUUAUGAUUACCGUUAUGAGCCAGAUAGAGCUCCUGCAUGGGCUAGGAAGCCAGAGGCGUCUGGUGCGAAGAAAGAGGAUGUUGCUCCUUCUAGUGGCCGUGCUAAAAAGCUUGCUUAAUCAAUCAUUUAUUUCAAUCUUGAUAAUAUUUUUGUCAUUCUUUUACACGCAGAAACAUCAUUCUCAUUGGCCUUAGAGGAAAGGUGGAUUCUUAGCCAUUUUGUCAUUUAAGGGACGAUUGUCUAUCUCCAUUGAUAGGGAACUUGGACUAGAUUUUAAAUUCUACAUAUUCUACUGAACUUUCUGACAGAAAAUUUUCAUGUAAGAGGGAAAAUGGAUGAAUACAUGACAUGAAAUGUUUCCUGUGAA